AGAGCAGAGUUGUAAUACUGGGAACUCCUUCUCCACUUCCACCUCUUCCUCUCUCUCUCUCUCUCUCUCUCUCUCUCUCUCUUUUCUCGCUCUUCCCAGAAAUGCUCUGAAUUACUUAACUCGGAAUCUCUGCCAAGAACGAGUUAGCCAGUACUAAUAUUCAGGUGACGUCUAGCUAUCAUAAAGCCUGGAAAAUACAGUGGUCAAUAGGUUACUUAUUGAUCUCCACCUAAGAACUUGACAAGUACUGAAUCUCAACAAAAUGUCUUCUGAAGAUGGGGGAAAGCUCUUGACACUAGUGCAAAACCGCAUAGAAAGGUGUCUUCGCCUUUAUAUGAACCAAAGGGAAGUUAUGAACACUUUGUUCAUUCAGGAGAACAUAGAGCCACAUAUUACUGAAAUUGUUUGGCAAAAGCUGGAAGAAGAAAAUCAAGAAUUCUUCAAGGCAUACUAUCUAAGAUUGAUGGUGAAAGAGCAAAUCAUGGAAUUCAACAAGUUGCUUGCAGAACAGGUGGAGUUGAUGCGUCGAUUUGGAUCAGCAGGGAUUGCAUCCAUAUCUAUGUCUAAUGGAUCUCAUAUUGCACCAACACAACAAAACUUGGGUGUUUGUAGAGCUGCAGAAAAUGUUGGCCCUACUUUGAGGGCGGAGAACAUACACCAGCCUAUUUCUGCCAAUUUACACAACGUUUUCAGCAACUGUGGGUCAUCAAUGCAGUCAUGCGUCCAAACAGCUGUUAAUAUGGCUUCUCAUAGCAGAAACGUUGAUGUUUCUGCAAAUAUGUUGUUGGGUCAGAGCUCAAAUAGGGCAAUAACACCUGUAGUAGAUGGAGGGAUGAUUAAAUCGGAACCUACCUACGCUGGAAAUUCUUCUUUUGAGUUUGGUGCACAUAACAAUCUUGUGGAGUCUCGUUCUGCAUUGGCUGAUGCAUCUGUCUCGUCUUUCAGUAGUGUGGAGUCCAAUUCACAACCCGUAAACGAAACUCUGAUUGAUGCUGACACUUCUUCAUUUGGGUUUUUUGGGCAAAUUUCUCAACAUUUUGGUCUCUCAGACCUCGGAGCUGAUUUUGCCAAUGGUUCUGACAUGUACUCUAGCCCACCCUUCAUGACAGCUGAUUCAGGCAACUUUCUUGACCCCAAUGCAGAGAUUGAAAGGUUGAAUACUGCACCAGAAAGCUUGAGAUACCAAGAUCUUGGUGGUGACUAGCUAAUGUGCUAUUUGAAGCGAAAGCAAAGAGGCAGCAGAGAGGCAGAGUUAGAAACUACCAUCACUACAUGAAGUAGUUUCUUGAGAGGACAUUAUAAUCCGUCUGUCACGUUUGCUGCUUUCCGCUGCUUGUGCCAAGUCUUAUAUGAACAUAACUCCGAGAUAGGCAGAAUGAGGACCAAACUUCUUGUAAAUAGCUUCUUAUAGUGGCUUUGGAAUUUUGCACUCUGUGAAGCUGAUAGGGUUUCACAUCAAGAUGUUUCUGGGGAUUACCAGAAAUUGCUUCCUUUUCUACCACACACUAGUGAUUUUGGGGAACUGAUUUUGAACCUGAAAAUAUAACCGUUUUCCAUUUUCAUGAGGUUAAGAUUUUUAAUUGUUGUUGGCAACUAGAAGAUCUCAGGAAGCUUGGCUUUAAUUCGUCUCUCCAGAGUGUCUCUUGAACUUUUCCAGUGGCAUCAGUAUUUGUAUGUUGAUAUUAAAUGUUCUCAU